GCUCUGCAAGGCUGAAAGACGGCGGGGGCUCAUGGCUAGGAAGGGGGACUUCUCCGCCUCUCCUUACGGUGAACCAAGGAAAUUUGAUCCAAAGUUCAGCGGACCUAUUCACAACAGGCAUUGUACAGAUGUUCUGUGUUGUGUUAUCUUCGUUGUGGUCAUCCUCAGUUACAUUGCUUUAGGAAUUGUGGCCUGGGUACAUGGUGACCCCAGAAAAGUGGCUUAUCCAACUGACAGCUUUGGGCAGUUUUGCGGUCAAAAGGACACACCUAAUGAGAACAAGACAAUUUUGUUUUACUUUAACAUUCUGAAAUGUGCCAGCCCUAUAGUGCUAAUAAACCUACAGUGCCCUACAACACAGCUUUGCGUGUCAAAGUGCCCAGACAGGUUUGCAACCUAUAUAGAAAUGCAAUCUUCCUACAGAAAUUAUUGGGAGUACUACAGACAGUUUUGCAAGCCUGGCUUUAAUAAGCCACGAAAGUCUGUGGCCCAAGUAAUGCGUGAUGAAGAUUGUCCCUCCAUGAUCAUUCCAAGUCGGCCUUUUCUGAAGAGAUGCUUCCCUGAUUUCUCCACUAAAAAUGGUGUACUCACUGUGGCCAAUAAAACUACUUUCAGAGAUGGAAGAGGAAAAACAAGGAAUGUAACUGAUCUCAGGGAAGCUGCAAAUGGCAUCAAUAAUGUUCUUGAUUCAAGAUCAGUUGGGAUGAAAAUUUUUGAAGACUAUUCCAGUUCUUGGUAUUGGAUCUUAAUAGGUCUGUUUAUUGCAAUGGUUGUCAGCUUGUUCUUCCUUGUGCUUUUGAGGUUCAUAGCAGGGAUUCUCUUCUGGAUUUUCAUCUUUGGUGUAAUUGGGAUAAUUGGAUAUGGUAUCUGGCAUUGCUACUGGGAAUAUCACCAUCUUCAUGGAGUACCUGGCUCUGACCUUACUGUUUAUGAUAUUGGAUUCCAGACAGAUUUCAGGGUAUAUCUACAAUUGAAGCAAACAUGGUUAACAUUUAUGAUACUACUUUGCAUAGUGGAAGUUGUCAUUACACUCAUGUUAAUAUUUCUGAGAAACCGAAUCCAGAUCGCCAUUGCACUUUUGAAGGAAGGUAGCAGGGCUAUUGGCUACAUCAUGUCUACAUUAUUUUAUCCAGUCAUCACCUUCAUUCUUAUUGCUAUCUGCAUUUCUUACUGGGCAGUGACAGCUGUCUUCCUGGCAACAUCAGGGGAACCUGUAUACAAAGUCAUGGCUGAUCAAAGCCUAUGCAUAUAUACAAAUAUGACCUGUUACCCAGAGACUUUCAACACCACCAAUGUGACCAAGCUAUGUCCAGGAGCCCAGUGUACUUUUGCUUUCUAUGGAGGAGAAAGCUUGUACCACAGAUACAUCUUAGUCCUUCAAAUCAUCAAUGUGUUUGUCUUUCUUUGGCUGGUAAAUUUUGCAAUUGCACUGGGUCAGUGUACCCUUGCUGGUGCCUUUGCCUCUUACUACUGGGCCUUUAGGAAACCUGCUGACAUUCCACCAUGCCCGCUCUUUUCUUCAUUUGGACGAGCAAUACGAUAUCAUACAGGUUCCCUAGCAUUUGGCUCUUUAAUUCUUGCAGUAAUCCAGCUGAUUAGGGUCAUGCUGGAAUACCUGGAUCACAAACUCAAAGGCUCACAGAAUGCCUUUGCUAAAUUCCUACUUUGCUGCCUUAAAUGCUGUUUUUGGUGCUUGGAAAAAUUCCUCAAAUUUAUCAACAGAAAUGCCUACAUCAUGAUUGCAAUGUAUGGCAAAAACUUCUGUACAUCAGCAAGGGACGCUUUCUUUCUCCUCAUGAGAAACGUGGUGAGAGUUGCAGUUCUGGAUAAAGUGACAGACUUCUUACUGUUCCUGGGGAAAAUUCUUGUUGCUGGAGGUGUGGGUGUCUUAGCCUUUUUUUUCUUCACACAUAAGAUACCAGCAUUCACACAAGAAGCACCAUCACUGAAUUACUACUGGGUCCCGCUCUUGACUGUCAUAAUAGGAGCUUAUCUAGUUGCACAUGGCUUCUUCAGUGUCUAUGCAAUGUGUGUUGACACACUUUUUCUCUGCUUCUGUGAAGACUUGGAAAGGAAUGAUGGAUCUACAUCAAAACCCUACUACAUGUCAGCUAGUCUACAUCGAAUUUUGGGGAAGAAGGAACUGAGUCCUAAAAAGUUAAUGGCAUAAUGCUCCGAAAAUAUGAAAAAGGCAACAGUGUCAUUUUAAAUUUUUAAAAAGACACAUAUACAAGGCUACGGUAUGGUUUUUAAAGAGUGCCUAUGGGAAAGUGUAAAUAUGAAGCUUUUUAAAUCUUUAGUUCUUAGUGCUUUAAUAACUUUUCUAACUUGAGAUUUUGCUGUUUGAAAUGACAGUCAUUUUGAUAACCUUUUAAUAGGGUGUAUAUUUAUAAAGGAUAUUCAGACAAUUUCUGAAAGGACUACCAUGUAUCCUAAUUAGCCAUAAACUGAUGAAAACUAUAGAUAACCAGCAGAUGAUCUUAAAUUUGUAAUUAUGGUGCUAUGGCUGUAUUUUUAGUAUACAUGCUGGUUGACAGCUACUUAAACUGUGGUUAAAAUGUAUUAAGAGACCCCUAAGAAGGUUGUCACAUUGCUGUGCCAGUCAACUGCAUGACAAAUGGCAUGUGUUAAUAAAGAGAGAGCUUAGUAUCAUGCUGAUUUAUCUCAGAGGUGGUAAGGAAAGAGGAGAAAUUUUUUUAAUUGCUUACAAAUAGAGUGAUGCUAUUAAUGAUAAACCCAUUAAAGAAGAGUAUUAUACCAACAUAUGGGUGAAAAGAGUGGGGAGAAUCUAUUCCAAAUGACAGCCUUUAGUUUCUGUCUGAUGUCACUGUCAUUGCAAAAUUUUGCUAAGUGGUACUACUUAAGACUACUAUGAUAUUUAGGCAUUGGCUAUUUUUUUUUCAUGCAAAAUUCUAUAGUCUUGCUUCAGUUGAUAAUUGACUAGAAUGCUCAUUCAUAUUGCAUAUGUCUCUCUCCUAUUUUGUCUGCAUGAAAAAUGAUCAGAUAUUCACCUAAACAGUGCAAAAGAUGUUUCAGGACUACCUAAGUCCAACAUCUCUUAACUCACUGUCUACAUUGGCAGCAGCUGAAGGUCGCAAAGCAGAACAAGAGAAAAUCUUUGAAGGUCAGCCCCGGGAGUUAGAUCAGCUUUCCCUCACCUUGUGCUUUCUGAAGGUAUUAGGCCACAACUGACCCCACUUUCCCGCAUGCAAGCAGAUUUUUUUCUCCUGGGAAAACAAAAUCAUGCCAUUUGUUAUGGUUAUGGACUCAACAAUAGAAAUACCACCUAGGUAUUGAAUUAAAGAUUUCCGCUUCUCUUUGGAUAUAUGCACCAUCCUGAGUUAUUGGUCACUUACUGUUCUAUAAUAGCCAAAAUAUAUUGUUCCAAAUUCUGCUGUAGCUCUGAGCACGUGGUCUCCCACUCCUCCAAGCUGAUAGUUUUUUCACAUCCAGAGAUGUAUCCAACCACAUAAGGGUUCAGCUGAGCAUCACCGUGCAAAAAGGGAUGAACACUAGCAAUAUAUGCAGAUGACUACUUAUGUUAGAGCAUCAAGCAUGCUUUUUUCUGAGCCUACAAGUGCAACCAAACUCAACGAAAUAACUUGCUUUCAAUUGAUCAGGCUUUAAGAUUUGGCAUACCGGCAUAUUUAAGAUUGGGUGUGGCAUCAGUUAUGCCAGCAGUGUAUACUGAGGAUGACACUCUACUGGCAACACGAAUGAUCUGAAGUAUUUCAGAUCAAAGCUAUUUCUGUUAAAACAAUUGAGAAAAACUGUGAAAAUGCAAAGCACUAAAAUUUGGCAUUUAUUCAUCUGCAAUGUAUCAGUUGAAUUAUUACAAAGAAUAACUCUGAUAGAUAAAAUCCCUGAAUAUCUUUCUAAGAUAUGAAUGAGCAUUAAAUAACUAGGUAAUAAUUUAUUUUUGGAAGAAAAAAACUUUUGAACUUGAUUGAUAUGUUUCUAAAUCCUUGGUCCAAAUCCUGCUGUUCAUAAUAAUGCUAGUUUUAUGCAUAGCACACUUUAACAUAAAACUAAAACUUGAUAAAAUGUACUUCCUUGCUUUGUCAAUGAAUCAUUUGGAUGAAUCAUUUCGUACUGAGAUGAUACAUUUUAAAUAGGCUUGGAUCCUGCACUCAUUCUAGUCAAAGGCAAGGAAAAAUGCCUUCUUGAUUGAACUGGUGCAGAAUCUAGCCCAUAUAAUGACGAAGGGCUGCUUAGAUUAUUGCAUCAAUGUUUACAGUUUAGUAAAUGCCAAACCAUUUAGUAUUUAAUAUAUACUGAGGCUUUUGCUGUUGUGCACAAAGGACCAGCAGGUGGCAGAAAUGCUUUCAUAUUACAUUGGUUUGAUUGUUUGCUCUCUGCCUUUCUUCCUCCUAUUGAAAGAUUUAGAAAAUCUUGAAGGCUGCACUGAAAGACCUUAUUACAUGAUUAAAUCUCUGCUGAAGAUCCUGAAUAAGUAGAACAUGUAAACCAAGAGUCAAUAACAUGCCCACUGUCCUAACCAUAAUCAUAUUGUUUUGAGGCAGUUUCUUCAAUACAUUUUUGACUGUGAGCUUUUAUUUGCGCAUGUUUUAUACCAAAGCAAUCGUAUGUAUGAAGCCAUCAAAGUUUGUAAUACUGUUUUAAAAAUUCCUGCAAAACAUACAGGCCCACAAAACCAAUGGGAACAUUUUUAUACUGAGAUUUUCAAAUUCCUCCAUUUUGCCUUUAAUUCUUGUGACUUGAAUGUUUUGAAGUGAAGAAGUAUUAAAAUGUUAGUUCGUUUCUAAAAAAAGGAAAAAGAAUUCUUACUGUUGCAGACUUUGCUCUAGGUGGAUAAACAGAUUUCCUGAUCCUCUCCCCCCACUUGUUCAGUGGUGACAAGUUUCUAGGGGGCCUGAACCCACCCACCCCAGCUCAGUUUAAAGUCUUCCGGACAAAGCUCGCUAGAGCAUUU